AGAAGAAGAAGAGCGACGUGCUUGGCAAAUGGCGGGUGCUUUGAAAGAACAACAACUUGUGCGACAUGUUUAUGCUGCCUUGCAGGCUGCGUCCUGUCCCUUGGUGGAAGGUCUGUACCUACAGGAAGCAGACAGCAUGCUGCAGCUGCUGUGUACUCCCUCUCAGCACCGCACCGACAUACUGGCAUGGAUCUGCAGCAGUAUCAACCCAAACUUUGCCAAUUCCAAGACCACAGCAGUGGGAUUCAAAGGCCCAGAUGUUUUGACCAAAGAAAUGGCUGUCCUCGGGCAGGAGCUGAUGCUGUGCAAAGCAGAUGAUCUGGACCUGAUCAGGGGUGAUGUGAGUCCUUACUUACAGCUUCGGUUCCUCGAGCAGCUUUUAACUUUGAUACCAGGCUGCAAGCAGACCGCUGUGCACAGGGCGGAUCAAGAGAUGCUGCUGAACGAGCUCUACGCCGCGGAGAAUCUGCCUCACCUCACACAAAUGCUGAAACCCACACUCGACCCCUGGCCUGCACACAUCAAGGCUUUACACAAGGCCACCAAGUCCUCCUCUAAGCCCAGUAGAGAGGGGGGUGCUGACGUUGCCACCCUUCUACAGCUGACUCAGUCCACACUGGAGCAGCUACAGUCAGAGUGUGAAUUCCUGAGCAGUGAGGCUCAGAGCCCCGGCGUCCUCUCUCCGAGCUCGUUGCGUGUGGCGGCCUGCGACCUCCAGGUGUUGAUGACUACUUUCAGCCAUGUUUUUGAAACGGACAUGAGAUCUUACUGCAGCAGAGAUCCCCCCCGCUUCAGCACAGAGACCGAUGCCUUCCAGAGAAUACACCAACUACUGCUGGCCUUCAUCACGGAGAUGGAAAUGCUGAAGGAAGUAUCCGAAGCUGCAGUAUCCAUGAAAGAGGACGUCAACCAGCUGCAAACACAGCCUUGCUACUGGAGCCGAGGAGAUAAGCGUAACUUACCCGACCAAUUGAAGGAACUUACACGCCGAAUAAGAGACUUUUCCUCCCUUCUUAAUUCCUGAUGGCAUCCUUGACACCUCGCAGUGCGCACGCACGCGCACACACACACACACACACACACACACACUC